AUGCUUUUAAAUGUUCUCGCAAUGUAUCAUAAAAGGGAGGAUUUGAUUGGACACCUGGACGAGCAGGUAACUAAUAACAAAAACCGUGACAACGGGACAGAACCUCUCUCUCUCACUGCUUCAUUUUAUCUCCUCCUCUCUUUUGACUACACUCUCUUUCUUUCUCUCUCUCUCUCUCUCUCUCUCUCUCUAUCCACUUCACUCUUUUUGUCACUCUCUCUCUCUCUCUCUCUCUCACUUUAUCUCAUUUCUUUUCUUCAUUCUCACUCUUUCGCUUUAUCUCUGUCUCUUUUUCUCACUGUCUCUCUUUCAUUUUAUGUCCUCCUAUCUUUUUGUCACACUCUUUUUUUUUCGGUUUACCUCCGUCUCCCUUUUUCUCACACUCACUCUUUCCGCUUUACCUCCUUUUCUUGUUUUUGUCACUCUCACGCUUUCGUUUUACUACCUUCUCUCUUUUUGCCACUCUCAGACUUUCUCCCUUUCAGUACCCCAGACAUUUUGCCUUUCUUUCAGUUUUUCACUCCUUUAAUCUCUCUUUCUCUCAGCUUCUCUCCCUUUUUUCCCCCUCACCUUUGA